ACAGGGGAGAGGGACCAAUGCGCACCAAGUCUCCUCGCCGCUCCACUGCUUCCUCCACCAGGCGCUCAAUUAGAGCAGCCGGUCUCUAAGAAAUAGGUCUGCAAUUGCCGGCAGAUGCAUUAGUUGGCAUUCACUGUCUGUAUGGAGGCACAAAGCGUCUAUCGGAUGCACGGCUGGCUUUCCAGCAGUCGGAGAGCUCUGGUCAGAUUCAGCACUACAUCAGCUUUGGACAGCUCCGCGUGGAUGGGCUCUGUCGGUCUCCGUGUCUCCAGCAGCUCCUAACUACCGGCAAGAAUGGCAUCGCAGGGUUUCUGGUCUCUUGGCGGAGAUAAUGCGGGGGCCAAUAAUACCGGGAGUCAGAGCCCCAGUACACCCAGGGCUUGGUGCCAAGCGGCGGCCCAGAAAUUAUCCGGAGGAAUUGGAUCGAAAUUAUGUGCGCUGCUCAAUGUCGGGGAAGUGGAGAAGCCCGCCGAGCCGGCCGCCAAGCAGCCGCCGGAGACCGAGGCUGCUGGCACCUGCGGCUGCAACAAAUCGUGCAACUGCACCAAAGCUGCUGUGGUCUUCUCCGACCUCUAUUCAACAGACCUGUUACCUGCCAUGGACAGUGACGCCAAAACAAUGACCUUCCUGCAGGAAGUUGUGGAUAUUUUACUGGCCUACAUCGUGGAGUCUUUCGACCGGGACACGAAGGUUAUUGAUUUUCAUUAUCCCAACGAGCUGCUUCAGAUGAACAACUGGGAGCUGCAGGGCGAGCCGGCCUCUCUGGAUGAUAUCUUGAUCAGCUGUCGCGCUACUCUCAAAUACGCCAUCAAAACAGCCCACCCCAGGUACUUCAAUCAGCUCUCUACAGGAUUAGACAUGGUUGGGCUAGCAGCUGAUUGGCUAACAUCCACUGCCAACACCAAUAUGUUCACCUAUGAGGUGGCUCCUGUCUUUGUGCUGCUGGAAUACGUCACUCUGAAGAAGAUGAGGGAGAUCAUUGGCUGGCCGGAUGGGCGAGGAGAUGGCAUUUUCUCUCCUGGUGGGGCUAUUUCUAAUAUGUAUGCCAUGCUGCUGGCUCGCUUCAAGAUGUUUCCUGAAGUGAAGGAGAAAGGAAUGUCAUCGGUUCCCAGACUGGUGGCCUUCACAUCCGAACAUAGCCAUUUUUCAAUCAAAAAAGGUGCUGCAGCUCUUGGCAUCGGGACAGAGAGUGUGAUCUGCAUCAAAGCAGAUGAAAGUGGUAAAUUGAUCCCAGGUGACCUUGAGAAAAGAAUACUGGAGGCUAAACAGAAGGGUUUUGUUCCUUUCUUUGUAAGUGCAACUGCUGGAACAACAGUGUACGGAGCUUUUGACCCUCUCAUCGCCAUUUCUGACAUCUGCAAAAAGUACAACAUCUGGAUGCACGUUGAUGGUGCGUGGGGAGGAAGUCUCCUCAUGUCCCGGAGACACAGGUGGAAGCUGGAUGGAGUUGAGAGGGCCAAUUCAGUAACAUGGAACCCACACAAGAUGAUGUCAGUCCCUCUGCAGUGUUCAGCCCUGCUGGUCAGAGAGGAGGGUUUGAUGCAGAACUGCAACCAGAUGCACGCCUGCUACCUGUUCCAGCAGGACAAACACUACGACCUGUCCUACGACACCGGAGACAAAGCGCUGCAGUGUGGACGCCACGUAGACAUCUUCAAGUUGUGGCUCAUGUGGAGAGCUAAGGGCACCAUUGGGUUUGAGGCUCAGAUUGACAAGUGUUUGGAGCUGUCGGAGUACCUCUACAACAAGAUCAAAGACAGAGAAGGAUAUGAGAUGGUCUUUGAUGGGAAACCUCAGCACACCAACGUCUGCUUCUGGUACCUCCCUCCUGGGAUCCGCUACAUGGAGGAUAAAGAGGAGAGAAAGAAACACUUGCACAAGGUGGCUCCAGUGAUAAAGGCCAGGAUGAUGGAGUACGGGACAACCAUGGUCAGCUACCAACCACAAGGAGACAAGGUCAACUUUUUCCGCAUGGUGAUCUCAAAUCCCGCUGCUACCUUCCAGGACAUCGACUUUCUUAUUGAGGAGAUUGAACGACUCGGCCUGGAUCUAUAAGACUCAUCUCACCAAGUCCUCCUGUACUUUUCCCCUUGAAGGAUGAAUUGUUUGUCGUGAAUGUACUGGUAAACUUUUUAUUUUCUCUCUCUUUCCUCCAAAGUCACAUAUUUAAGAGUAUAUUUGAGGAAAAAAAGAUCUACAGAUAUAUCCAUACAUUAUGUAUUGUAGCUUUGCCGUGGACUAACUUGGUCCAAAGCUAUGUAAAAGUGCUUCUGUCUGCCUUUCCUAUAGUGUAGUAGAUUUCAGAGUAGUGGAAGUGAUGUAACUUUAUAUGUACUUUUUGUGAUAUGAAAUGCUUGUGCAAUAGGUCGAUGAGGAAGAGUUUUAUUUUAAUUUUAUUUAUAAUUUAAUUAUUACUCAUUUGCCGAGUAUGUUGCCAAACGUGGUUGUGUUCUAUUGUAACUUUACAUUUUAAACUUCUGGUUUAAAACAAAAAAAGCACUUCACCUUACCUCAGCUUAAUCAACUGCCUUUACGUCUGCACAUACUACUCCAAGCAGUGAUCUUUGGACAAUAUUCUCUUGACUGGUGAUGCAUAGCAGCAUGUUAAAGAAAUAUCCAUACCAGAACAGGCCGUCAUAGGGAUUUUGAAAUAUGUACAAAAUAAGGCAUUUCCAUCAUAAUUACACAACAGCAAAGUCAAUUCAAAGCAUUUAUUAAGGCGUGUGGUUCCAUCGUGCAUCACAUCGGCUUUUGACAGUUUGGUCUGCAGCUUAUGAUGCUAAUUUAAUAUCACAGCUUAUUACUUCUAAUACUUUCUACUCUUUUUACACACACACUUCUUUCUAGUGUAAUUAAGGUGGUAAAGGCUUGUUGAACCCAUUUUGUUUGAUGCCACCAGCUACAUGUACAUAUAAAAAUGGAUACCAUUUCCAACCAGGCUGUGUAUUUAGCUGUGCUGAGUGUGCUUUACAUGUUGUAGUGAUGAUCUAAAAUGAGAGUACUAACAUUACAAGAGUAUUACAAGAGGUAACGUUACCAUUUUCUUUAUUUGAAACCACAUUUUUGCUACGAUUAACCAAUAUUUGUUUAGCCAUUCAAAAUAUUUGGAGUUUUUAAUUGCCUCUCUUUAUAUUAGUAUUAAUUGUUAGUGGCGGAGUCUGCCUUUACCAACCGGAAUUCAAAUUGCAUAACCCACGCACAAGGGGACAUUUAAUUUGACCUAAUGGAUCAAAUUGUGAUAACACAAAGUAUCAUGUCAGAGUGUGUGGCACUCAAAACUAAUUUAGUCAUCAUCUUGUUUUUUGUGGAAUUAUUGUGUAUGAGAAGCAAGGCUGGAUCACCAACUGGGCAAAUUGGUUAACUGCCAAGGGGCCCCAGGCCCUGAGGGGCCACCAAAGUGCUGAGUUUACUGCACGUCAACUGGUUUUGAUUAAUCGCAAAUUUGCCAAAUUUAAGAACAAUGUCAACAUGCCCUGCAUUCUUAGCAAAGCUUGUGGCCAUGUCUUCUAAAGUCGCGUUUCCACAAAGCAGUCGAGUUCAGUCCGGUCCAGUUAAGUUCGUUAAAGUUAUGGAUAGUACCUGGUCCUUUUUUUGGUACCACCUCGGUCGAGGUUCCAAGCGAGCUGAACCAAUACUAAAAGGUGGAGUUAAAACAAUGCAGACCAAUGAUUGGUCAGAGGGAAUCCUCACAAGUGCGACACGCGACAUCAUGCACAAACCCCACCUACCAAAGAGCGGUAGGUGGGGGUCAGUAGCGGCCCAACAGCACAUUCUUGCCCCUGGGCCUACUGAUGAAUCGAUCCAGCCAUGAUGGGAGGCUUUUGGGGCCAGUGGGCAUCACAUGACAAGCAAAACCGACUGUGGCCACAACUCCAAAAUCCCCUUGCAGCCCAUCAUUGUGCCUAUCGGCUCUGUCACACACUUGCUGUUAUCACAAUACAAUUUUAAGGAUUAGAACUUUAAAGUUGUAAAUCGUCUCAUCUACAGUAACAUGACAAGAAAAGCUAUUUGUCAGGGGUGUUUUUGGAUGAGCAACUAAAGAAAGAUCGAGGAUCUUACGAAAACUGGGAACGGGGCAAGAAUGGUGUUUUGUCUGAAUAUUGGAACUUCACCAGACCUACUGCAUACCUGACAUCACUUGCACUAAAUCAUCGGGGAAGGACGAGCGUUCCUUAGCUUUGCAACUGAGAUUCCUUCUUAAUUCAUUCACAAGCAAUAUUCGAGAAUGGGUCCAAUCUAUAUACCCUGCACAAUAUCAAAAGAAACGGUGAAUUGAAGUGUACAAUAGUUAACGAUAAUCAAGUUUGCUACUAGUUAGCCAAAAACUAAAAACAUGCUUACGGUAGGCAGGUUAGUUGAUGGAAUGUGAACCCUGAUUGAACAAGCAGAGGUUCUGUAGCAUUUUCAUUAGAAGUUAGAAAAGCACAAUUUGCUCAACACGGUCGCUCAGUGUACAAUCACUUUUGAUCAUAGAUUGUAAAUAGUAUUUCAAGAUGUCCUAAGUACAUAUCUUUGUGUAUACAUAAGUGUAUAUAAGACAUAUAACCAGAGACUAUUUGUGAGGUAAAGUUAUUCAUAUUUUCUCUAUCUCCAAUAUAGAUUACCUGUAUUUUCAUCCUGUUUGUCCAAAAGGCUUUUUUCCUCUGUGUGUGUGUGUAUGUGUGUAUGUGUGUGUGUGCGUGCGUGCGUGUGUAUGCGUGUGUGUGCGUGUGUGUGUGCGUGUAUAUGUACAGUACAGUAUGUAUGUCAGAUACUUGACUUGGUUUGUGGCUCUUCUAGCUAUUUCAAGGAAAACGUGUUUCAGUGACAUGGCUUUAAAGAAACCUACCAGAUUUCACUUCGAAUUAACUCGGUGAUUGGAUUUUAAGUGAAUAUGCAAAGCCAUUUUGACUCUGAAGCCCUGUGUUUUUUGUGCACAAAGUAAAUACUUGACGGUAUGUCAACGUGCCAAUGUGUACCUUAGUGUGUUUGUAACUGUGUUGCCUUAGUAUAAAUUUGGCAGUAUUGUCUAGUUUUCCUCCAAAGAGGAGGUUGUGCACUUUAGAGUAUACUACAUGACCUAAUAACGUGCAAUGUCCAAUGGUUGUUCAUAAGUUGAUGUUAAAAAAAAAAGAAAAGAAAAUAUCCUCAAAAAUGUAACUUAAGCUCUUUGGUCUGAAUGUGACUUGAAUCAAGGGUCUGUUGGAAAUCAAAGCAUUUAAUUUUUUGCAGUGUAUUGUAUUAUAAUAUAUAUAAGUUUUAGUGUAUUACGUCCUAACAGAGAUUAGCCUCCAAACCAUACGACCACAUAGGUCGGUUGUUCCUACCCUCUAAUACAGUGGUUCUCAACCUUUUUGGUCGUCCCCAACCAUGUUGCGACCCCCACAAAAUUAUCUCGCCACCCUUUUGGUCCCGACCCCCAGGUUGAGAACCACUGCUCUAAUACUACCAAUGGGAGCCUUUCCUAAUUUGGCCCCCCCAAGCAGUUUUAAACAUGUGAAACAGUUGCACUUUGGUUAGGUUUAGGCACAAAAACGACUUGGUUAGGUUUAGAAGAGGAUCGAGGUUUGGGUUUAAAUCAGUACAUUUGUUACGUUACUUCAUGUCAUGCGUUCGUUCAUGAGGUGAUUACGCAUGUGAUGGAGAACGUGAUGUCAUUCCGUUUGUUAUGUAAAGUUGAAAUGACCCAUUGUUUACUUUUAUUUUUAAACGGGACACGAACACCAGUCUCCUGGGUAAAAGUCCUAUUUGUUUAACCCUUCCACCUGUCCACCCUUAACAGACUUCCGUCUUAAUACCACAUUACAUGACUUCCUGCUUUGCUGUCGUCAUAAUUACUAUGGCCUUUAGAGGGCGGAGACUAACAUUGAAACAUAAAUGGGUUGUAAUUGCUGCUUGUACAAAUGACCUAUGGGGCCGUUUUUUGGGGGGAGGACAGUCUCAGAGUUUAACACACUUUUAAGAUUUAUUAAUCCAAAUUCUGUUUCCAGAUAAAAUUGGCGUACACACUGUGACACAGACGACAUCAGAUUUAUUACAACGACACAGGAAUCUCGCUACGGUGGUCUCGGAAAGCCAGACAUUUUCUUCUCUUGUUGCUGCUGCUGCUAGACUUGCUUCCUUUGCACGUGCAUGCACUGCCUUGCCUAUCCAGCUUGUUUGAUAUCUCCUAUCCUAUAUAUCUAUUUCUAUAUAUAUACAUAUAUACAUAUAUAAAGUCUGUGUAGCUCCUGUAAUUAGCUUUAGUGUCCGACGUAUAGCUUUAGCCUGUAGAUCAGUGCACUGUCGCUCUAGCCUUUACAUGUGAUUCUAUGUCUUGGGCUUCCUGUAAAGUUUCUCCGUGCCGCAAGCAUGCUAACCCCGCCAAGCAUUGUAUUCCUCUCCGCGCUUGAUCUGACUAUCUCUAUCCUCUGUCUUUUCUUCCUCUGCUUGAAGACUGUCGCAGCUCAGAACGUAGAGUAUUAUAUCUAUAUAUGUGUAGUCCCUCAGCAUGUCUCUAUGAAAGCUUUUCUCUGCUCUGCAACUUUUCGACCUUUUCUCUCUUUCUCUUCCGCUUCGCUCUCUGGUAGCAGUGACGACGUAUCCUCGUGCGCUUUCCUCUUAACGUUUCUCGGCUGCCCGCUGUCGUUCCGUCUGUGUGUCUGAGAUGGUGUGUUGACUCGUGUCAUGGUACAAUAACUGUCACUGGUUCUGAUUUUGUUUCACCAAGGCCCUUGACUCUAUGGGAUGUAUGAGAAACAGAAUCAACAGGAUUUAGAAUUGAUUGUCCAAAAACUUUGUCCAAUGUCCAAUGCAAUGUUGUUAGCUUUCAUCACACAAGUAUAGAAACAAAUACCCUGGUUUCUUGCUUAUGGGAAAUAUUGUUUGUUUAUGAGAAUAAUUACAAUCCCUAGUACUCAGAGUGCAGUUCACUUUCACUAAAUAUGGUAUGAUUUUGAAUCAUAUAUUCUGCAAACUGCUGUGCUAGCUUCUCUCAAACAUUAAUUUUGUCCUGAACUAUAUGUUACUAUUGAGAAAGUAGAAAUAAAUAUUGGUCAAAACAAA